GGUUGGUUCUGGGGGUGCAACUGGGAAGCUUGCUGCUCUGCUGCCCGGGCUCUCCCCUCCCCCCACCUGUAAGAGGCUGGGCCCGAGGAGCCCGUGCUCAGCAUCCCACCCCCUGAAGCUUGGGCUUGGUCUUCCCUGCGGCUCUUGCUGACAUUCAGGCAGGGGUCAGGCGGCCGGGCGCGCCUCCAGAGCGCGCGGGGGGAGCCCGGGCGAAGGCUUUGGGCUCUGACGGUGGGGUCCCAGGGGUCCGCCUGCCUCCCAGACGCGUUUCUAGGCCCAGGGAAGCCUGCCUGCCGAAUAGGGGAAGCCAGAUUCGGGGGCGGGUAACGAGAAAUCAGGCUAAGAAAUGGCAUUUCAAAAGGCAGUGAAAGGGACUAUUCUUGUUGGAGGAGGUGCUCUUGCAACUGUUCUAGGCCUUUCUCAGUUUGCUUAUUACAAAAGGAAGCAAGUGAACCUGGCCUUUGUUGAAGCAGCAGACUACAUCUCAGAACCUGUUAACAGGGAGCCUCCUUCCAGAGAAGCUCAGAUACUGACUUUGAAAAACACGUCUGAAUUCGAUAUACUUGUCAUUGGAGGAGGAGCAACAGGAAGUGGCUGUGCCCUAGACGCAGUCACCAGAGGACUAAAAACAGCCCUUGUAGAAAGAGAUGAUUUCUCAUCAGGGACCAGCAGCAGAAGCACUAAAUUGAUCCAUGGUGGUGUGAGAUAUCUUCAGAAGGCUAUCAUGAAGUUGGAUAUUGAGCAGUACAGGAUGGUAAAAGAAGCCCUUCAUGAGCGUGCCAACCUACUAGAAAUUGCUCCCCAUUUAUCAGCUCCGUUGCCUAUAAUGCUCCCAAUUUACAAGUGGUGGCAGUUACCUUACUACUGGGUAGGAAUCAAGCUGUAUGAUCUGGUUGCUGGAAGUAAUUGCCUGAAAAGCAGUUAUGUCCUCAGCAAAUCAAGAGCCCUUGAGCAUUUCCCAAUGCUCCAGAAGGAUAAACUGGUAGGAGCAAUUGUCUACUAUGAUGGACAACACAACGACGCACGGAUGAACCUUGCCAUUGCUCUCACUGCUGCCAGGUAUGGGGCUGCCACGGCCAAUUACAUGGAGGUUAUGAGCUUGCUCAAGAAGGCAGACCCCAAGACAGGGAAAGAGCACGUGAGCGGUGCGCGGUGCAAGGAUGUGCUCACAGGGGAGGAAUUUGAUGUAAGAGCCAAGUGUGUUAUCAAUGCCACGGGACCUUUCACAGACACUGUGCGCAAAAUGGAUGAUAAGGAUGCCGCAGCUAUCUGCCAGCCCAGUGCUGGCGUCCACAUCGUGAUGCCUGGUUAUUACAGCCCAGAGAGCAUGGGACUUCUUGACCCAGCGACCAGUGAUGGGCGAGUUAUUUUCUUCUUACCCUGGCAAAAGAUGACUAUCGCUGGCACUACCGACACUCCAACUGACGUCACACACCAUCCUAUUCCUUCCGAAGAAGACAUCAACUUCAUUUUGAAUGAAGUGCGUAACUACUUGAGUUGUGACGUUGAAGUAAGAAGAGGGGAUGUCCUGGCAGCGUGGAGCGGUAUUCGCCCCCUUGUUACAGAUCCUAAGUCUGCAGAUACACAGUCCAUCUCCCGAAAUCAUGUUGUGGAUAUCAGUGAGAGCGGCCUCAUCACUAUAGCAGGUGGAAAGUGGACAACCUAUCGAUCUAUGGCAGAAGAUACCAUAAAUGCUGCAGUCAAGACCCACAAUUUGAAAGCAGGACCAAGUAGAACCGUUGGGCUUUUCCUUCAAGGGGGCAAAGAUUGGAGCCCUACACUCUACAUCAGGCUUGUCCAGGAUUAUGGACUUGAAAGUGAGGUGGCCCAGCAUCUUGCUGCCACCUAUGGUGACAAGGCUUUUGAGGUGGCCAAAAUGGCGAGUGUGACGGGAAAGCGGUGGCCCAUUGUUGGGGUGCGUCUUGUGUCAGAAUUUCCAUACAUUGAAGCAGAGGUGAAAUAUGGGAUUAAGGAGUAUGCCUGCACUGCAGUGGAUAUGAUUUCACGUCGUACUCGCCUGGCCUUUCUAAAUGUCCAGGCAGCAGAGGAGGCCCUACCCAGGAUUGUUGAACUGAUGGGCAGAGAACUGAGCUGGGGUGAUUCUAAAAAAGAGGAAGAACUUGAAACAGCCCGGAAGUUUCUGUAUUAUGAAAUGGGCUAUAAAUCUCGAUCAGAACAGUUAACAGAUCACUCUGAAAUUAGCCUGCUGCCUUCAGACAUUGACAGGUACAAGAAGAGAUUUCAUAAGUUUGAUGCAGACCAGAAAGGCUUUAUUACCACUGUUGAUGUUCAGCGUGUAUUAGAGAGUAUCAGUGUCCAAAUGGAUGAAAAUACACUACAUGAAAUUCUGAAUGAAGUAGAUUUGAAUAAAAAUGGACAGGUUGAACUCAAUGAAUUUUUGCAGCUGAUGAGUGCUGUUCAAAAAGGAAGGGUGUCUGGAAGCCGGCUUGCUAUACUCAUGAAAACUGCAGAAGAGAACCUCGACAGAAGAGUUCCCAUCCCCGUGGACCGAAGUUGUGGAGGACUGUGAGUCUGAGCAGUAAAUCCACAGCCAACAAACAUAGGAACAACAAAUCAUCAUGUACCAAACCAGAGAUGACUUACACCGCUCUAAAAUAGUGGAUAUGGAUAGCUGCCUUGUUUUAACACUGGGAAACAUUCCAAAGCUUUAGGAUGUCAAUGUAUACCCUUUAUUUGUAUUUGCCAUUCAAUCUAGCUUCUUAAAAGUGUAUUUUAUCUUUUUUUUCUCAUUUUCAAUGCACACUGGUUUAAUGUUUUGCAUUUAUUCUGUGACCUGUUAGACUGGACAUGCUCCCUUUUCGUUUGUUUAUUCAUUUAGUCUAAGUCAGUUUUAGAGGCGGAAUAUUUUGGCAGAAAUUGAAAAAAGAAGCUGGGAACAUUUCAUGAUUUGCACAAAGCUCUGGACAUUAAGCUUGUUGAUAGUAUUUGUUCUUAAAAGAAAUCGAGUGGGGGGGUGGGACCUAUUAAAACGAUAUUGUUUCUGGAGACCCCUCAGCCCCUUCUUCCUCCAGCUUGUCUGCCUUCCUCAUCCAGACUUUAUAUCUAGAGCGUGCCUGGCAAAACUGGAGAAGGAAGAAAAAGUUUAGAUCUGGUUAUAGGAGCAAAUCUUAGAGAAACUCUGAAAGCUUCCAGAAUCACAGGUACAAGAUAUAAGGAUAGCAUUGACAUUUGCUGGGAGUUACAGUGAUAGUUUCAUCUCAGCAAUUCAUUUUUUUUUCCCCAGUCACUGCUGGUUUUUCUUUGACUACUACAGUUGCCAGGAAGAUCCUUGCUUUUCUUACUUUAAAACCAGCAUUUAAGUGGCAAGUUGGAUACAUUGGGAAGGGACUAAAUUUCUCAAAUCUUUACAGUAGUAAUAAAUUUAAGGAUUAAAAACCUGUGUUUAUAUAUCCACAUAUUAUAGCACAAUUUUCAAUCCCCAAAUCCUAGAUCUUGGAGCAUGUGAUACUGUCAAACAUGACCUAUUUUGCUCAGGUUAUUACAUCAUUUGGGGGAGUAUUUGUAAACGGAUAGUAAAAGAGGAUAGAAAUAGCCUUUAGUUAACUUUAGUUACAAUCAUUUAUAAAAAGCCACAAAAUUGCAGUGUUCAAGGUCAUUUUAAUUGCUUAAAGCCUUUCUCCUUCUGUACUCAAUAGAAAAGUUCUCAA